ACCUCAAGAGUGGGUUUGCAUCGACCCUUACCUUAACGCUAACCCUUGACUGACCAAAAACAAAUAACUCAUAAUGCCUCACUUUCCCAUUCAUUUGCAUCUGAACUGAGGUUAAUGUUAUUUAUGGGACCCAAGGCUGCAUGUGUAGCAUUGAAUGCUGUGUUUUCCGCAAACGAUAGGACCAGCAGAAAGCCAGAGGAGGCACAUGCAAGGUGUUGUUGUUGUGCCAAGAGAGGACCCAAUGACUUUGUGUUGACAGCAGAAGUGUUCAGGAUACGGCAGGUCUUUUCAGCAAUCUUUCCGCUCCACUUCAGCAAACAAAGGAGGACGUGGAUCAUCACAAAAGAUGUUCUUUGUGGCAGGGGCCAAAAACAAAGCAGGAUCGGAUGGAGGAAAUGAAAGAAGCAGGUCAUUCUACCAGAAAUUUCGUGAGGUAGAUUUAUUGGACAAGAAGAAGACAGUGACAGCUCUAAAGCCCGGUGAAGAUCGGGCCAUUUUUCUGGGUCUCGGAAUGAUCCUCUCUUCAGUCAUGAUGUACUUUGUCUUGGGAAUCACUAUAUUACGCUCCUAUGCAGACAGUGUGUGGACACAGGAGAGUGUGUGUGUUGUCCUCAACACCACGGUCACAGCAGACAUGAACUGUUCCUACAACUGUGGGGCAGACUGCUGGAGAGUCUCCAAAUAUCCCUGUCUGCAGGUCUAUGUGAGCGUCAAUAACACGGGCCGUAUCAGCCGUUUAUCUCACAAUGAAGAGACCCAGGACACCAGCUCUGAAUGUUUCUAUGUGCCCAGGUGCCAGAAGGACAGUGUGGCCAUGCAUGUCAUGAUUAUGAACAUCUCAGAGCGCCUGAAGGUGAACCAGCAGGUCCCCUGUUACUACGACCCCAGCGAGCAGCAGGAGACCGUUCUCCUGACCCGCCUGUAUGACCACACUGUUGUCUUCCACUCGCUGCUCUGGCCUUCUUGCAUGCUUGCAGGAGGGGCCCUUAUCAUCAUGAUGGUGAAGCUCACCCAGUACCUCUCCAGGCUGUGUGAAGAGAUAGGGAAGAUCAAGAGGUGAAAUUACGUGAAAGCCAUGGUGGUUUGGUGAUGGACGUACGACAUGAAAAGGAUUGUUUUAACCAAACGACCUUGCUGUGACCUCUUGCAAACCUUCCUCCACAGUGAGACAUUUGGAACAGUUGACUCUCACUCCGGAUCGAGGGUGUGUGUGACUGUUUAUAAAAGGUAACUGAAUGUUCCAAGGUGGAAACUGUCAGCGUUACACAGGGAAAACUAUGACUGGAUUUUACAUGGUGUUAAACUUUGUAAAAUGUUUAUUUGGUAGUUGUUUCCAAGAGUUUGUUACACCUGUAACCUUAAAUGUGGUAUAUUAUGAAUAUGUGCUUGCUAUGUCACAUAUGAUAUACAUGACAAAACCAACCUAUAUUUAAGUCGACAGGGGACAACAUUGCUGUCUGUCCAAAAAUGUUCUCUAUGAGGUUAUCAGCGUUGAGGACUAUUACAAUUUGGUGAACUUUCUCAAACAUUCCUGUAUUUUAAAAAUCAUAUGUGAUUGUUUUCUGAGACAUUAUUAUGUUCUUAUUUGAUCUCAGCAGCCAAAUAAUAUGUGUAGGUCUCUCAUGAUGAAAAGUCUGUCAUGAAUGAACAUAAGAUGUACAUAACCUGACAUGAUGUUUUUUAUCUGUCAAGAUGUUGGAUAAUUUUGGAAAUUCAGCUCACCAAACCACAAUGAACAUAUAAAGACAUAGUAUUUAAA